AUGGCGGCCUUCGCACUGUCCGUUGCGAGCAGCACCGCACCACCGUGCCGCCUGGAGCUCUCCCGAAUCACCAACCAACUAUCCGGCCAACCUCGCUCCACGGCCACGCGUGCCACCCACUCCCUCGCCGCCGAAUACGACGGAUUCCGUCAAACGUCAACUUUCCCGUCAACCUCCACCGUAUCUCACGCCGACGCGUUCACUACCAACGUCACCCGUCAGCUCGCUCCCGCCUCGUCAUCCUCCGCUCAUCGCGCGACGGUAUCCGCCGUCUUCGACCGGUUCACGGAGCGCGCGAUUAAAUCCGUGAUGCUGGGUCAGCGCGAGGCGAAGGCGCUCGGGCGAAAGGAGGUGGCGACAGAGCAUCUCCUCCUGGGUCUUAUCAUGGAAGACCGCGCCAGCAGCGGCACCGCCAGCGCGAAGGGUUACCUCAACACCGGUGUAACCAUCGACGGCGCUCGCGAAGCCGUUCGCGAAAUGAUUCGCGACGGCACGCUUUCGCCAUCCGAGGGGUCGGAAAAGCCCGCGUCGGAGGUGCCGUUCUCGGCGGGGAGCAAGCGGGUGUUCGAGGCGGCUCUGGAAGAGUCUCGGAAGCUUCGGCACAAUUUCAUCGCGCCGGAGCAUCUGGUGAUGGCGGUGCUGAGCGUCGAGUUCGACGCCGCCGGGAAACUUCUCGAAAGGCUGGGCGUGACCAAGGAGCGCGUGCGUGCGGAGGCGGUGGCGCGGCUGAAGGGCGAGCUGGCGACGGAGGGGCGCUCCACCGACUCCAUCUCGCUCUCCGCCAAGCCCUCCGCCGCCUCCGCCAAAUCUUCCCCCGACCCCGCCAGGGCCGCCGCGCUCUCGUCGUCCUCCAGCUACAGCAAGAAGGGCUCCAAGAAGGACAAGAGCGCGCUGGAGGAUUUUUGCGUGGACCUAAUGGUGAUGGCAAUGGCGGGCGAUAUCGAUCCGGUGAUCGGGCGCAACCACGAGGUGGCGCGCGCGGUGCAGAUCCCGAGGCACCCCUCCUCCGUAUUCACCCCUUUCCCCCUCCUUCCCCCUGCCCUCCCUCGCAGACAAGAGCGCGCCCGAGGAUUUCUGCAUGGAUCUGACCCAGAGAAGAGCGCGCUCGAGGAUUUCUGCAUGGAUCUGACCGUUAUGGCAAUGACGGGCGACAUCGAUCCGGUGAUCGGGCGCGACCACGAGGUGGCGCGCGUCGUGCAGAUCCUCGCGCGCCGCACCAAGAACAACCCGCUGCUGCUCGGCGAGCCGGGCGUCGGCAAGACCGCCAUCGCCGAGGGCCUCGCGCUGCGCAUCGCCGAGAACGACGUCCCGGUGUUCCUGCAGGGUAAGAGAGUGAUGGCGCUGGACAUGGGGCGACUGAUCGCGGGCGCUAAGGAGCGCGGCGAGCUCGAGGCGCGCGUCACGGGGCUCGUCUCGGAGGCCACUAGCGCAGGCGACGUCAUCCUCUUUAUAGACGAAAUCCACACCGUUGUCGGGUCCGGCGCCGUGUCGCGCGGCCGCGGCGCGGGGGGAGGGGGAGGUGGCGGGCUGGACAUCGCGAACCUGCUCAAGCCGGCUCUCGCGCGUGGCCAGCUGCAGUGCAUGGGCGCGACCACCAUAGGCGAGUACCGCAAGCACGUGGAGAAGGACAAGGCGCUCGCGCGGCGCUUCCAGCCGGUGGACGUCGCAGAGCCGUCGCAGGACGACGCGCUGCUCAUCCUGCACGGCCUGCGCCGCCUCUACGAGCGCCACCACAAGUGCCACGUCAGCGACGACGCGCUCAUCGCGGCCGUCCAGCUGUCGGCGCGCUACAUCCCGGACCGCUUCCUGCCGGACAAGGCGAUCGACCUGGUGGACGAGGCCGCGAGCCGCGCCGUGAUUGACGGAUUCAGGCGGAACCGGCAGCGCGAGACGAGCGUGCUGCACCGCGGACCGGAGGAGUACUGGCGGGCGAUCAGAGCGGCUCAGGCGGCGAUCAAUGCGGUGGAGGAGGUGCAGUCGCCACUGGGGUCAGCAGGCGGCCCAUCAGCGUUCCUAUCAGACGAUCCUAAGCCCUCUGCUGCGCCUGCUGCCGCCCCUUCCUGGUCCCCUGCUGGCGAUGGCGAUAGACUAUCCAUAGGGCCAGAGGACAUAGCAGCGGUGGCGUCCCAGUGGACGGGCAUCCCCCUGCAGCAGCUGACAGCAGACGAGCAGCGCCACCUCACUGCUCUCGAGCCCGCGCUGCACUCGCGGGUGGUGGGGCAGCACGAGGCCGUCAGCGCCAUCGCCCGGGCCGUGAGGCGAGCCAGAGUGGGGCUCAAGGACCCCAAGCGGCCCACGGCGGCCAUGCUGUUCUGCGGGCCGACGGGAGUUGGCAAGACGGAGCUCAGCAAGGCGCUCGCGCAGCACUACUUUGGCUCGGAGGAAGCCAUGAUCCGCCUAGACAUGAGUGAGUACAUGGAGCGCCAUGCAGUCAGCAAGCUCAUCGGCGCGCCUCCAGGCUAUGUGGGGUUCGGGGAGGGCGGCAAGCUCACCGAGGCUGUGCGACGCCGCCCGUUCUCGCUGCUGCUGCUGGACGAGAUUGAGAAGGCGCACCCCGACGUCUUCAAUCUGCUGCUGCAGAUCUUUGAAGACGGCAGGCUGACGGACUCCCAGGGCCGGCACGUGUCGUUCAAGAACACGCUCAUCAUCAUGACCAGCAACGUCGGGUCACAGGCGAUCGCGCGUGGCGGCGGCAACAGAGUGGGGUUCCUGCUGCCAGGGGCGGACGAGGCAGACGGCGGGCGGUACGCGGGGCUGAAGUCGUUGGUGAUGGAUGAGCUGAAGAGCCACUUCCGCCCCGAGCUGCUCAACCGCAUCGACGAAGUCGUUGUGUUCCGAUCGUUGGAGAAGGACCAGACUCCCCUUCCCCUUUCACCCACGUAUGGUACCUAUGCUACCCUCCCCAUGACCAAUCAAAACAUCCGCCUGGAGGAAUUCAACAUCAUCCACACACAGCGCACGCCCCCUGCUUUCUCUUCCCCCACACCCCCCUCUCCUCCCCAGUGGAUGAUGAUGCAUGUGCGGGCAAUCGUGGACAUGAUGAUAAAGGAAACGUCUAUCCGCCUCUCAGAGAAGAACAUCCGACUGGAGGUCUCAGAGGCGCUCAUCCAGCGCAUCUGUGACGAGGGCUACGACCGAUCCUACGGCGCACGACCACUGCGCCGCGCCGUCACGCGAUUGGUGGAGGACCCGAUCAGCGAGGCGGUGCUGUCGGCCAAUAGCGGCGGAGGGCUGGUGGCGGGCGGCAGCGUGUCAGUGGUGGGGGGAGCGUUUGAGGAGGGUGAUACGGCUCUGGCUGAUAUCGGGCCCGACGGAGAGCCGUUUGCUAUGCGCAUUGCCAAGAACGAGUUGCUACGAGUCACCGACAUUCCCUCUCGUCGCUCGCGCUUCCCCUCAUCACCCGUGCCGACCCUCGCCGCCCUCGCCUCCCCUCGUCGCCCGCGCGUCCCGUCGUCGGGCUUGCCUCCCACUCACUCGCGCUUCCCCUCGUCAUCCGCGUUUCCAUCCGCUCUUCCCCUCUCCCCAUCUCACCAUCUCCAGCCCAUCCUUCCUCCCUCAUUCCUUCCGAAGGGGUGGGACAGAUGGGGAGGAACAGAUGGGGAGAAACAGAGGUGGUCGCUUCCACCACCACAAUCGAACAGCGUUUUGAUUCCCUCUCUGCUACCCACCAUCCUCCCCCCAGCUCUCUCCCCGGCAUUUGCCCCCGUUCCCCCCAUCCUCUUCCCUGUUUCCUGUAUCCCCUGCCGUGCUUCCCCCCAUCCUAUCCCCUCUUACCCCGUAUCCCCUGCCCUGCUUCCCCCCAUCCCCUUCCCUGCUUCCCCCCAUCCCCUUCCCUACUUCCCCCCAUCCCCUUCCCUGCUUCCCCUCAUCCCCUUCCCUGCUUCCCCUCGUCCCCUCCCCUGCUUUCCCCCCUACCUCCUCCCUGCUUCCCCCAACCCUCCGUCCUGCUUCCCCCCUCCCUCCGCCCUGCUUCCCCCCUCCCUCCGUCCUGCUUCCCCCCUCCCUCCACCCUGCUUCCCCUCUCCGCCCGCCUUGCUUCCCCCCUCCCUCCUCCCUGCUUCCCCCCUCCAUCCGUCCUGCUUCCCCCCUCCCUCCACCCUUCUUCCCCCCUCCCUCCGUCCUGCUUCCCCCCUCCCUCCACCCUGCUUCCCCCCUCCGUCCGCCCUGCUUCCCCCCUCCUUCCUCCCUGCUUCCCCCCUCCCUCUGUCUUGCUUCCCCCCUCCCUCCACCCUGCUUCCCCCCUCCCUUCGCCCUGCUUCCCCCCUCCCUCUGUCCUGCUUCCCCCCUCCCUCCACCCUGCUUCCCCCCUCCCUCCACCCUGCUUCCCCCCUCCGUCCGCCCUGCUUCCCCCCUCCCUUCGCCCUGCUUCCCCCCUCCCUCCGUCCUGCUUCCCCCCUCCCUCCACCCUGCUUCCCCCCUCCGUCCGCCCUGCUUCCCCCCUACCUCCUCCUUGCUUCCCCCAACCCUCCGUCCUGCUUCCCCCCUCCGUCCGUCCUGCUUUCCCCCUCCCUCCACCCUGCUUCCCACCACCCUUCGCCCUGCUUCUCAGCCCUCCUUCCCCCACCCUCUGCCCUGUUCCCCACCUGCCCUCCCCAUCCCUGCCUUUCCUUCCCUGCCCUGUCCUUCCCUUCCCCAUCCCUUCUCACCCUUCCCCUCCUUUUCAUGCCCUCCCCUUCCCCCUCACUCAUCACCUUCCGCCCUCUAGUUCCCAUGCAUGUGCACCCAUCAAUGUCACCCCAUACAUGCUUUCAUCAUGUGCGCUUGCUUGCAUCCCCUAACCCAUGUUCCCACCCACAUAUUCUUUCUGCCUAUGCCACUCCCCUUAUUUUUAGUGGGGAAGCAGAGGAGCAAGCUGAGGCGCAGCUAGUCAAUGCUUUACACCGUACCACCACCUGUUUCUUUCUAGCCAGGGUCUUCUUCCACGCUAUAGCCAUGGCCCGUAAGCGCAAGAGCGUAGCUAGUUCUGUGGACUUAUGCCCGCGGGAUCUCGACGAGAUCCCGUACAUCGCUUGGAUGAACAAGCAAAUCGCGGCCGGCCGCAAGCCCGCCGGCCCUUUGCCCGAAGGAGCGCCUGGUGCGAGGGACACCUCGUUCGAAGCCCCGCGCGAUGUCCCUACCCGCGGACGCCGUCAUGCCGACUGGGUUGCCUCAUCCCGCGUCAACGACGAUGCUGCCUUCUAUAACGAUGAUGACGCCGCGGACUCUGAUUACAACGAGUGCGACGAGGCAUGCGACGAUGACGCGGACUCUGGCGAGGAGCAGGACAAGGGCAUGUCCCCCUCCGAGGAUGAAGUUGACGCUGACGAGGACGCUGAUGACGACGAGGACGCUCCCGAGGAGGCCCAGCCUGCGUCCCCGGCUCCCCGUUGCGGCCGUGCGUCUGCCGCUGCGGGAACCAAGACUGCUGCUAAGGGCGGGGAACCUCCGCGUGCCGCUGCCAAGACCCGUAACUUGCAUCCUGUUAAGCGGAGCGUGUGGUCCCCCCGCAAGAACACAAUCUUCGUGGCUGCGCGUUGGUUCAUGGAGGACGAGCUCGGACCCCUCCUCGGGAAGCAGGGCUCUCAGUACUGGGCCCACCUCGCGCGUCACCUCGAGGAGAAUCCCGGAGGGGUGCGCGGUGUGAACGCGCUUCAGAAGCAGUGGCGCAAUCUUGUCAACAUGUACAAGCAGAUCAAGAAGGGGGAAAAGGCGAGCGGCAAGGGUGCCGUGUGCAAGCCCCACUGGUACCCGUACAUGGCGCUUUUCCAGAACAACAAGGCGGUGGGCAACCCUUACGUCGUCGACGGUGGCGGUGCGGCACACGUCAACGUGCCCUCCGCCGCCACGGGAACUCCUACAUCGAAGCGCCCACGCGUGGCAGAGACGGCGACGAUGGCCGCUGCAAAGCUGGUGUGCGAGACGAUCAAAGGCUGCCACUCAGACGCCAUGAGCAGGCUCGAAGGCCUCGUCCGCGCGUGGAUGGAGCAGGACGCGCGUAUUGCUCGCGAACGCGUGCAGCAGCCCGCACCCUCCCCGCAUGUCCGCGACGACAUCCCUGCCCAUGUGGACAACAUGACCGACUCGCACGCCGCCGAAGGCGGCGACGACGGCUCGCUUCGUCGCGGGCAGGCGGGCGAAGACCCCUCUAACCCAGAUGCGGGUGAGGAGGUGUGGGUUCGCGGCGCCGCCGAGUAA